AUGAAGGACGAAUUCAUCAAAAAAACUCACUAUAACAACGACAAUCCCUCUCAGGAAAAGGAUAAAACGCAAGUGGAUCUGUUCUACGCGUUUUCAUGUUGUAACUGUGACAAAAGUGAGGAAAUAAUCUCGAGACUGAAUAAAUGUGGCAUGAUUGUCGUACCAAGCACGUUUUUCCAGAACGUCGAUCCGUCAAAGAUUUCACUACCUCUUUGUGUUAAGGUAUCAUCAACAAAGCCUGAUGUGUUCACUCAUUGCGGAAUAUGGGACUACUCAGCGCCAGAAGGAAUAGUCUAUGUACCUGGAUGGGUUAUAAAGCGUUUAUCAAUCAAGGAUGGUGAAAUGGUUCGCCUAGAGCCGGCGAUUCUUCCUGCAGCCACCAGCGCUCUGCUUAUCUCACUUUCACCGAUAAAGCAUCUCUUCAGAAAAGAUAGAGAUUUUUCGAGGAUUCUGACGGAGAAUUAUGAUUUUCUGACAACAAACGACCUAAUCUCCAUUAAGUUUAACUGUCAUUGUUUUGACGUCCUAGUGACUGAUGUGAAGCCAGAUGGCGCCGCUUGCAUCUUAAUUCCCGACGUGGUGAAAAUUCUGUGGAAGGCCGUCGAAGAAACACAACCACCUCUCGCUCCAAAAAGGAAUAAUUUUCCCCUGAAGGUCCGCUCUAAUAAGCGUUGGUCAUCGCGUGUCAGAGUGACUCCGGAAAUUCCAUUUAAUACCCAGUUCAGCACUCCUGUGUAUUAUGCUCCUCCGAUAGAAGAGAAACUUUACGCAAGAUGGCAUUUAGUUUACGUCAACUUCGAGAUAGACUGCGAAACAAAAUUCGACUUCGAUGAGAGUGAACAAAAGUUGGAAAGGAAGUAA